AUCUUACUAGCAUUUUUGAUGUAACUGGCUAGGUUUUGUAGGUCGUUUCCUUGAUAAAUUAAUCUGAAUAUUAUGCAAUGUCGUGAUGGUUUUUUAUCGUUGCUGCUUUUUAACCGUGAUAAGCAUCUUGAGAAUUGCAAGUUGUCAAACUCGUGAUUACCCGGAAAAAAUUUUCAUCGAUUCAGUUACGCCAAACUCGCUAGACAUCACAGCACUUCCGAAUGGAUUUACAAGUGCUGUAAACGAUGAUACAGAAGAAUUAAAAGAAAAUGACGAACUUCCUGAUAAAACUUCAGAUUAUCUAAGGAAAAAAUGCACUGGACAAAUUGAUCUGAAUUCCAAGUCAGGAGAAAUCUUCACACCAAAUUAUCCGGAUCCAUAUCCAAGUAACACUACAUGUAUAUGGACGAUACAUGCACCUGAAGAUCAUCAUAUCUACAUAUAUUUCCAUCAUUUCGAUCUUGAGUCGGGUUUAGUCAACACUCCGUAUGGCCGUUUCGGAUCUCCAGAAUGCCAUUUUGAUCUUCUUUAUAUUCACGAGGAACUGAGCAAACUUGCUUCUCAGCAUCAUUCAAUCCUACAAAUCAAUAAUCUCUCAAGCGAUGAUGAUUCUACUUCAGAAACACCUCCAGAAAAGAUAGUUUGGGGCGUAUUCUGUGGAAAGCAGACUCCACCACCACGAAUCACAGAAACUCCUGGAAGUAAACUUGUAUUGAUCUUCCAUUCGGAUGAAACGAAAGAAAAACGUGGAUUCUGGGCUACAUUCCAUACUAUAAAAAAGAGUGAUCUUCGUAAACUCGUGGGAAAAAAUAAAAAUACUGAAGAUGUGGAUUUCUUUGAUGAUUCAGGCUGGGAUGAAAUUGACGAAUACGAGGAGAAUGCAAAACGAGCGUACACCGCGAUUGUUCUAUUUGUAUUUUCUGUUGUCCUCGUCUUGAUGAUAUUGCAUUGCUGGCAAGGCUCUCCACUAUGCGAAGCCUUGUUUCCAUCUAUCUGUAUGUCUCGGCCAACAGGAUCAGGAAGUAAUCAGUCAGUAUGGAUGAAUGUUUUUCAGCAAAAUGAAAGAGGAAAUGGUGAUAGCACUAAUCACAGCUUACCAAGUAUACCGAGUCCACCACCUGCCUAUGGUGAAAUUGUAAAAACAGAAGAAGAUUGGCAACGGGCUCUCCAGAGAAUCGGAGAAACCGAAGAAUCUAUCGAACGACAUCGUUCACACCCUGAUAAUAUCCAAGUGGAAUAUGAUAUAAUGGGUAAUGAUCAGCAGAAUGAACCAAGCUAUGUAACGUCGUCUACAGGUUCUAGUAUCUUCUCCACUCAGUCAUCUCCAGGACCGAUGUACGACCCAAGGGGUGGUGUUGUGGAUAACCUGCUACCGUUAUUUGACGCAGUAGCUACUAUAGAUGAGGGACCUAUUGGUCUCCAAACCAGAACAUCACUCUCAAAUGACGAGAUCGAGAGUAGGUAUAUUCCCGAACAAUCGAGUCAGACAGAUGAAAAUCCUGAUCCGUCCAACUUGGAGAGAAAUGCAAGACCUCCGUUUUGUAGUCCGUUAACCUAGUUUUGAUAAGAAAAACAGAGACCUAAAUAAAUAAACGUAGUGUAGUGUAUGGUGAA